UGGUUAACUUUAGCUUGAUAUGUUUGAGAUGUACAACAAACCUCUCCACCGCCCCGUACUUACACACAAUGAUUUCAGGGUCAGCAAUUUGAUGGAGAAAAUAGACGAAAGAGGCCGCACGCACGUUAGGAUUGUUGACUACCAGACCAUUAGGGGAGGGUCCCCGGUCAUCGACCUGUUGUACUUUAUAUUCUCGAGCACCGACGAGCAGUUCCGCGCGCAGUACUACGACCAGCUGCUGGACCACUACUACACGGAGCUCAGUCUCGCCAUGAAAAGACUGGACCUCAAUCCUGAUGAGAUUUAUUCGAGGGAGGACUUUGAAAUUGAAUACAAAACUAAACUUCCAUUCGGGCUGAGCCUUGCCGUGUUCGUGCUACCAAUAGUGACCAUUGACGAAAAUAACGCCCCAAAACUUAACGACGAGAUGGACAUGUCCAGCUUCGUGAUGAACAACACUAGCGACCUCUUCCCGGAGAGACUCAAUGGAAUCAUCAGCGACUAUAUACGGUGGGGAGUGUUGUAACAUCAUUUAGCAACCACUAGGGCAUGACGGGAUGUACGAAACAAAAUCUGUAAAUAUGAUGCCACGAGAGAAUUGUGACACUUGUUUCUAAAUCAUCAGAUAUUUAAAUGAACUGAAUAUAUAAGAAAUGAACAAUUUUAAA